CCAAGGAGCAGCCGUAGUGUUCUCUGUGGGGUACCUCUGAGCUUGUUCCAUGUUAGGGAGAUGGCAUACAGGAGGCAUUACUGGGAACGUUCAGCAAAAAGGGCAUGCAAGGUGUUGGUGGAUGAUGGUAAGAAGGAAGAGAGGUUAGUUGAGGAUCAGGACAGGGAGGAUACAAGCUUGUUGAUCUACAAACUUGGUCGGGAUAUGUCAAUAACAUGUCUUCUCCACUGCUCGAGAUCAGAAUAUGGAAGAAUUGCGUCGAUAAAUCGGGGGUUUCGGUCUGUAAUUUCAAGUGGAGAAAUUUAUAAAAUAAGGAGGCAGAUGGGAAUCAUUGAACAUUGGGUUUACUUCUCUUGCAGCCUUGUUGAAUGGGAUGCAUUUGAUCCGAGGUCUAACCAUUGGAUGCGUCUGCCUGUAAUGGCGUCGAAUGAAUGUUUUAUGUCGUCGGAUAAGGAAUCGUUAGGUGUUGGUACUGAACUUCUUGUUUUUGGAAUGGAAACACUUUCCCAAAUUAUAUAUAGAUAUAGUCUUUUGGAUAACAAAUGGUCAUCUGGGAUGCAGCUGAACACACCCAGGUUUUUGUUUGGUUCAGCCAGUGUUGGAGGAAUUGCAAUACUAGCUGGUGGUUGCAACGCUGAUGGAAAACUGCUGAGAUCAGCUGAGCUUUAUAAUUCUGAUACAGGAAAGUGGGUGAAUCUUCCUAGAAUGAAUAAAGCAAGGAAAUUGUGCUCAGCAGUGUUUGUUGAUGGAAAGUUCUAUGUGAUUGGAGGAAUGGGGCCAGGUUACACCGCUCUUACUUGUGGCGAAGAAUACGAUAUGAAGACUCAGACAUGGCGUGAGAUACCGAACAUGUACCCGAGACGAAAGGAGGAAGAGGUGCGAAAUGCUGCAGUUGAAGCACCUCCUUUGAUUGCAGUUGUAAACAAUGUUUUGUAUUCUGCAGAUUAUACACGUUGCGAGGUUAGAAGAUAUGAUAAGGCAACAAACUCGUGGGUGGUAUUAGGCCAAUUGCCGGAGCGUGUGGUCUCAACAAAUGGUUGGGGGGUGGCGUUUAGAGCUUGCGGUGAUCGAAUACUCGUUCUCGGUGGACCUAGGGCUUAUGGUGGACGUUACGUUGAGAUAUACUCUUGGACCCCAGGUGAAGGAGGUGAGCUGAAAUGGAAAGUGCUUGCCACAAGACAAUUAGGCCAUUUUGUGUUUAACUGUGCAGUCAUGGGAUGCUGAGCCUCCUC